AUGCCCAGUCUCUUGGCAUGUGAACGGGCUGACCUUGUUCAGAGCUUGGGAGAGCUGGCUGUGGAGGGAGAGCAAGAUUCCCUUAGCCAACACCUGGAGGGUCUCAAACUUUUUGGAAACAAAGAUCAAGUCGAAGUUGAAGAGGAAAUCCUCAAAAGCCUAGACAUGGUGCUGCAAGCCGUGACUGGAGACCAGCAGCUAUCAGGGAACCUUCUUGAAACCAGUGGGAUCUUCACAACAUUGGGCCAGAUUCUGACAAGUCAUCCACGAUGCGCAGUGCCCGCUGCACAAGUCCUGGCGGAGCUGGCUAAGAACGAGGAGCUAAGGCAGCCCUGCAUUGACGCUGGUCUGGUGUCUGCUCUGCUGCCUCAUCUGGAAAGCUCUGACCAAGAUCUGCUGCUCCACGCUGGGAGGGCCAUUGGGCGCAUCUGUUAUGGAAACAAGGAACUUCAGGAGGAACUAGUCGAGGCUGGAGUGAUAUCUUUGCUGGUCAAGAUCCUAUCUGACUUCCCAGAAAGUGAACCACUUGUGCGGGUGGACCUGUUGGCCCUGUGUAAUUUGGCAGAUUUGGAUACAGCUAAGGAGGCCCUCAGCAAGACCAAUGUGGCAGAGGAGCUGGUGAGGCAGCUAAGGAGGGCUGAGAACCAGGAGAGACUGGAGAUCAUCACUGAGAUCCUACAGCUGCUGGCAGAGAAUGAUUCACUGAAAGUACAACUGGUGGAAGCAGAUGUUCAGAGUGUCCUCGUGGAGAUCCUGCAGAGGGUCCAGGACAGCCCAGAAGUUGAUGCUACAGGCAUCCUGAAGACCAUCGCAGACCUUGUCAUCUCUCUGCUACUGGGAGAUGAGUCUAUGCAGAAACUGUUUGCUAGUGGAACUGGCCUCGUCUACCAGAGCAUCAGCAGCUGGCUUAUGUCUCCGAACACCCAGAUGCAACUGAUGGGUGCCCUGGCUGUUGCCAACUUUGCCAGGAAUGACAGCAACUGUGUGAAGAUGGUACAACUAGGUGUGGUACAUCAGCUCCUGGAUGUCCUGGAAAAGCAUGUGGACAAUGGUGAUGUGACAGUACAGCACGCAGCCCUCAGUGCCCUCCGUAACCUCGCCAUCCCUGUGAUCAACAAAGUACAGAUGCUGGAAGAAGGUGUGGCCAAGCGAAUCCAGAUGUUACUGAGGUCUGAGAUGCCUCCAGUGCAGUUUAAACUCCUGGGAACACUUCGAAUGUUGAUGGAUGGCCAAGUGGAAGCCGCUGAAACCCUUGGGCAGGACACAGCUCUGCUGAAUCGGCUAGUGCAGUGGUGUGAGGCCAAGGAGCAUGCAGGUGUCCAAGGAGAAGCCAACCGCCUGCUAGCUUCCCUGGUGAGGCACAGCAAGUCCCAGGAAGUGGUUAGGGCCAUUCAGGAAGCCCAGGGAGUGAAGCACCUCGUUUCCAUGACAACCAGUGAGCACGCCAUCAUGCAGAAUGAAGCUCUGAUAGCACUGGCCAUCGCUUCAGCAAUUAACUUAGAAAUCAUCAAAGAUGCAUUUAAAGAGUCCAAAUUGAUCCCAAAUUUACAGAAGCUCCUUGAGGAUGAAAUGACAAGCCCAGAGGUGAAGUACAAGUCCCUGGGCCUCUUGUGCAGCCUCCUGGGUUCAGGUGAUUUGAGAAAGCAAAUGGAGGAAGCCAAAGUCCUAGACACAUUGGAGAAUCUCUGCAACCACAGCAAUGCCAAUGUGGCCAAACAGGCCGUAACUGCCCUCCAGAUCCUGAAAAGCAACAGCCAGGACUCAGAUCUCUUUUUCCCCUAGGUGCUGGUGCUCCUGCUUCACUGUGACCAACCUUCCUUGGGAGGUUGCUGUUCGCAAUACAUAAGACACGUACUCUUCUUGCCAUCUCUUCCCCAUACAUGAGGGGGGAAUCCAGAAUAACCACAUCCCCGGACACCAAGCACAGCACACUAACAUUCUAGGUGGUAGUAGCCAGCAACAUUGUGAUUUUAAUGCCAACUUUGGGGAUUUUUAGUCACCUACUUUGUGCAACCCUAUCCUCAUCUCCGAUCCAAGUGGUCCCUCUAGCUGGUACCCUAGAGGAAUUCUGCAUUCAAUGUGAACCAUGCUCCCUUUCAUGUCCCAUCACCAAUCAGGGAUCGUUCACCAGCCCCUCCCAUACAGAGUCUUCUAUAAAACAGGCUUGAAUCCCUAGAGAUUCCAGGGAACAAGUGACAAAGAAGGCCCAGUUUAUGAAGUGAUCAUUAGCGUGGUGCUGAAAGAAUGGCUAGGCUGCUCCUCACCUUAGAUAGUCAAUCGUUCAAUGACUAUUUGAGUGCCUACUACACACAGGGUACUUCUAUCCCACAAUAGUGGCAAUGUGGCAUUGUUAUGGCACUUGCAGAGUUAAUUUUGCAAACUGCACCAAAGCCUACAUUGGCAACCCAAGUCAUGGAAUCCCAGGUCAAUGUUCACCAGCUCCCAGUUCUCCACUUUCAUCAAGUAGGCAAGAUCUUUUUAGCCAAAGCCUAGGAAAAUCCAAAAACGACUCAUCUGUGGUGUACAAUCUCUGCUUUGUUACUUCUGGACUUGUGGCCACCCCAGCAACUAUCUCUCACUUUAGUACCUGCUGAACCACAACCCUGCUACACCCCUCAAAGCACUUUAAAAAAAAAACUAAUUCCUCAGGAUUGUUGACUUGUCUUCCAAAGCAAAACCCUACCUAAAAGCCCAAGGCCCAAUCAAGGGGGGACAUCUGCACAAGAAGCCUAUGAACUGCCAGCUUCCUCUGGAUUUAACUAAACUUAUGAGUAAGAUCUGCCCUAUCCUCAUGGUGCAAUGGCAAGAAUGCUGGAAUUGUCAUCAGAGGGCCUAGAUUCAAUCCCAGCUCUGCCCUUGUUACCUAUUUAGUAAGUUACUUAAAGAAGGGGAGAUUAUACUAGAUAUUCUAUAGUUUUCUUCCAGCUCUAAAUCUAUAAUUUUGUGGUCCUUCCAUCAGGCUCUGUGCUCCCAGCAGCAGGGACAACUGACAUGGUAGCAAAAACCCUAAACACAAGGAAAGAGAAAAAUUACAUCCACAGAGGGAGGUUGAGGACACUGUGCUGACAAGGCCCUGAGGGAGGUCUCAUGAAACAGAUUCACACCCUGGGGAAGAUGACACUUACCUCUCAGGCACAAUCACGUCUGUCCAAUCACUGGCCCACAAUAGGAACCUCACCUGUAGGAAGUAACCUCCCAGCAAACUGUCUUCCGGGAUCUGUAGGCUCUGAAAACAGUAGCUGCUAGUCAUAGGCCAAGAGCAGGCAGCAGGAACUGGGAAGCACUAAGGAAGCGGGGAGGGGCUCCAUUCACAUCAUGUUGAGUCUAUAUCCUAUCAUCAAGUGGAAAUGACAAAGAAUUCUCUGCAUCUCAACUCCAUAAUUUGUUCACUGAAUAAACCCUGAUUCCGUAACAAGUUAGUGACUUCAUUCCUUGGCUCUGUAUUUUGCUUUUGUAUUCUGCUUUAAAAAAUAAAAAUCUUUGCGAAGCAAUUUCACAUCUAAGUUUAUGUUCAAAAAUACCCAUUAUGAAGUAGGUAGGGCAACCAUAAUCCAUUUCAGAGAUGGGAAAAGUGAGACUCAGAGAGACUAAAUGACUUGUGACCAAGUCAAGGAUGUACAACUCUUGUCUCCUUAACUCAGUUAAAAGUCCUAUUUGUUGUUUAGUAA